CAUCAGAUCAUCCCAAAUGACACUCUCACAUCUUUUUGAACUCAGCACAGAUGUUCUAGGCAAAAAUUGGAAAAAAGAAAGCUCCAGGUGACUGUUCCGUUGUCAUAAGAAAAGAGAGGAAUUAAUUAAAGAUGGCUCCUCCAGUGCUUUCACUCAUCUUAGUGCUUCUUGUUGCAGCAUCUGCCAGACCCGUUGAGGAGACUGGGCAUCAGGAUGCUGACAUCACAGAAACCAGCCAGCAACAAGGAUCACUGGAUUGGGACGUGCUACUUCCUCCUGAGUCAGACUCAGCUCAAUCACAUAAAUCAUCUGAAUCCAGAGACAUCUCUGAAAGUGAGUCUUCUGAGAAGUCCUUUAGAGUUUUGUCCAAAGAGGAGUUGAUCGACGAUUCCGAAGAGUCAUCAGAAGAAUCUUCUGAGGAAACACCUUCCAAACCUUCUGAGCUGUUGUUUGAUGAAUCCUCUGAAGAGUCUCUGGAGGAAUCCUCUGAUGAAUUUUCCCAGGAAUCACUUGAGGAGUCCUCAGAGGAAUCAUCUCAGGAGUCUUCCGAGGAGUCCUCUCUGGAGUCUUCUGAGGAGUCCUCUCAGGAGUCUUCCGAUGAGUCCUCUCAGGAAUCCUCUGAGGAAGUUCCUUUCACAGAUCCUACAAUGACAACCACAGAGGGCAGAAACACCCCCACGCCAAAACCUGCCACCCCAGGCCCAAAUGAGAGAGGGACGACCACACCUGCAGGAGAUGUAAGCCAUGAAGUCUCCACUGAGAGUGAAAGAAGAGGAGAUAACUAACACAGAGCACACCAACAGAUAUGGAAAACUCUGCUAGAAAUGUGGUGACUGUGGGCUUGAAUUUAAUGAGAAUCAUUGUAUCUAGACUCUAUUUCUAACUGAUCGGAAUAAUGAUAUUAACUUAAUAUUGUAUUUAUUUGAAAACCUCAGAACUGUUAAUGAAAACUGCGCUGAUCACUAAAAUGCACUUGAUUUCCCCCCCCAGCUGUUGAUCAUAAGAUGUACAUCUAUACUGUACUUUUAAUAACCAAUAUAUAUAAUUCACGUUCAACAAAAAAAAAAAUUAAAAAAGAUAU